AUGGAUGUUCAAUUAUUGAGUGCUGUGCCGCUAUGUUUUAAUAUUAAUUUAUUUACAUUACAGGCUCGUGCAUCUUUUCUCGACGACUUUCGCAGCGCCAUAUCUAAUAUAAACCAGGGUUUUGGCAAACUAGUUGGCGAUGUUGUCACAGAUGUCAAGGACACCUUAUACUGUACGAUAUCGGCUGUCGAACAAGUGCUGGUUCAGAACGGACUUCUCGACAAACGCACACUGUACAACCAAAAAUGUAAAGGCAUAGAGAAACCAAUACAGCAAACAUUGACUCCCCGAGAUGCUACCCAUAUCAAAACUGUCCGGAAACACUCGGUUAUUCAUCACAAACAUUCAACGCGGCGUAUUUCUCACGAAUCUGCACGUUCGGUGCAAAAUGUUAAUGAAACAAUAAUUAACGUUUUAGGUGAUCGUAUGGACCUCAAAAAUGUAUCCGAUACUCUUGCAAAUGAGACUAAUCGCUUGUCCGAAAUCAGGAAAUUAUUGCGCCAGGAGUCGGAAAAUAUAUCAAAAAAUAUUAAAGAUGGAAUUAAAAAAUUCAACAUUGAUAAUAAUAAAUCAACUGUUGAAUCAAUUUUGGAGGAAAUAAAAUUUUUAAACGAAUUUCGUCGCAACAGUAAGAACGACACAGAGGUUAACGAAUUACGACGUAUUUUAGAUAAAGUGACCGAUGAAAUGCAAUCAAAAACCCAAAACAUAUUUGAUGCACAUAAUUUUAAACAAUUAAAAAAGGAGAUUCAACAAAUUUCAGGUAGUGAUGGAAAAUUACAAAAUCCAAACGAUAGUAAGGAUGUGGCAUUAAACAAAAAUAAUAAAGGAGAUAAUGAAAAUGCGCCUAAGACGCAAAAACAAGAUCAGCAACCUCAAGAAAAAUCUCUAUUUAACUUGGGUUUGGAAUCCAUAGCUUCGAUUUUUAAUUCUCUAUCUACCAGUUCCGAUGAUUUAAAAAAUGCGGCGAACAUCGUUGCAGAUAGUCAACAUACUGAUAAAGUAUUGAGCAAACUCUUUAAAGGGUAAAUAAUAGCUUUUCUUUCGAACGUAAUCGUUAUGAAUAUAUUUGUAAGUAAUUGGGUCACAUUUCUGUCUUUUAUUUUUUUUCUUUAUUUUUAUAUGACCCCAUUGUAAAUGAUUCUCUAGAUUUCAUCCCUAGAAGUUCAAAUUGCAAUGGUAAUACAUUAGGAGGAGUAGGAAUGUAAACAUCUAAUGAGUAAACUAUAAACCAAAAUGAGCUCAUAUCAACUAUAAUCUAUUCCUCGACCGGUGUUAAUAAUUUCCGUUCCUAAAUACGUUUUUAGUUGAACCUACCAAAGAUUAACGCGAACCGAUAGAAAAGGACUUUUUUUGUGUUCUGCUACUCUAAUGUAUCGGUUACUGUACUGGUAGUUUUAUUCAAUAUAAUUAGGAUUCCACACUGCCGUAUUAAGACAAAACACUUUAGGUAUACCAAACCAUCCACUUUUGAGAAUACGCAGUUCUUUGUUUUAUUCCCCUACUAUGAGUAUUUGCUAGAAACAGUAUAUACCUACCUACUGUCAAUAAUGCAUUUAUCAGGGUUUUUUUUGAGUAUAGAAAAAUAUUUAAAUGUCAAGCAUAUACGUAUGUGAUCACGUGCGAAGACCUCAUUUUUGAGUGUUACCGCUAAACAUAUACAGUGUGAUUGUGAUGUCAUAACACGGCAGCACUCUCAUAAGCCAGAUUUAUAUUUGUCUGACGUGUCGUGUCGUGACGCAUCAGAAUAGAAUCGGUAUCAUACAUUUUGUAUGCGACACAUCAGAAGCCAU